AUGCACUACCCCGGCGAGCGCUGCCCGCCGCUCCUCCUGCCCGGCCCCAAAUUCAUCCCCGAGCUUCUCCCGCCGUGCCCGGCUCACCCCGAGCCCUUCGCCAACACUUGCCACCCCCUGAGCAUCACCAAGAGCCCGGUGCCACGCUGGCAGAGCUGUCCCCAAGGCGCCACCGCGCUGUCGCUGCUGCCGUGCCAGCCCAUCGUGCAGAAAUGCGUCCUGCUCUGCCCCGAGCCCUGCGAGACCACGCGGUUGUUGCCCCGCUCUGAGCUGACCACCAAGUGCCCCGCUGGCCACCAAACCGUGCAGGCCACCCAGAGCCCCCGUGGCGACAAGAAACGCGUGGCCAGGAGCCUCCCACCCUGCGCUCCGCGCUGCCCCGAGCCCGGCCGGCUGCGCUUCCCCCCGUGCGGGAUCCGCUGCUCCUCCUCGGCGUCCUGCCGUGGCGAGUGCGGCUCGCACAAGGCGGCCAAGUGCUCCUGGCGCGUCCCUGAGGUGACCAGUGGCUACUCGCUGCCUCUGCGAGGGGUCACCGAGUGUCCCCCGCAGCAGAGCGUGGGUCACUCCUUCCUGCAGGAUUACCUGGCCCCGCACAGGUGCUCCAAGGGGUAUCCCACGCAGGAAUUUGUCACCUGUUCGUGUCACCAAGGCGUCGCCAAGGUCGCCCAGGAGUGCCCGCAGCUCAGGGAGGUGGCCAAGGGCACCAGGGAGGUGGCCAAGGGCACCAAGGAGUGCGCCCAGCUCAGGGAGGUGGCCAAGGGCUCGCUGCUUAUCGAGGGCACCAAGGGCCGGAGCUGCUCCGCGCAGCAUCUGAGCAAGUCCCGCUGUGGCCAGCAGCGUCCCCGAGGGGCCCCGCGUCCCUCCCGCCUGGCCCCGACCCCGGCCAAGCGCUCCGGACACCCCAAAAAAAGUCGCAGCGCGUCCAGGUGGCUCUGGUGA